AUGGCGGCUCCGGGAGUGUUGAAAGAUGAACCAGAAAAUGGCAUCUUACAAACAGAAGAGGAAAUAGAAGAAAGUGAAACUGAUAAUGAGCCAGUGUCUACUCGAGAUUAUGAGGCUGAUGAAGAAGAAGAGUCAGAAGAUGAUGGGGAGGAGAGUGGUGGAUGGCAAGAUAUAUUUGAUGAAGCAGACUUCAACAAUAACAGGAUUGAACUUACAACAGGCGUUCAAGAGUGGCCUGAUGGUUCAGUCUAUAAAGGAGAAUUUGGAUUUGAUCUAAAACUUGGAUAUGGAGAAUUUGUGUGGGACAGUGGCGAGAGAUACGUGGGCCAAUUUUAUAAAGACCAUCGUCACGGCAAUGGUAUUUACAUUUGGCCUGAUGGCUCCAAAUUCACCGGAUCAUUUUAUCUUAGUCAUAAAGAAGGCUAUGGGACCAUGGAAUUUAAAGAUGGAAGAAUAUAUCAGGGGCUUUACAAGGCUGAUGAGCGAUUUGGUCCAGGGAUUGAAAGCUAUCCAGAUGAUAGUCAAGAUCUUGGCUUAUGGCAUCGAAAUCAUAUAAUUAAAUUGUGUACUGAAAUUCGUGGGCAUUUUUCUCUUCUGGACUUCCCAGAACUCAAUGUCUACUUGGAGGCUGAGGACAAUAAACAAUAUAUUUCAGAAGAGAACAGUACGGUGUGGAACCUGAAUGAGGAGGAUCCAUUUUUCUACAGCUACAAACGUCUUCUCUUAAAUGACGACACCUACACAUUGCCGGAAAAAAUGUAUAUAUAUUCAGUUGAUGCAGAUCAUCUUCCUCUUACUCGCACCUUCAGGAAAGAGUUGGAUUCCUAUUAUUUUAAGAGAAAUAAACGGUUGCCUUAUGAAAAACUGUGGCCAAUUACCAAUAUAACCCCUUUAAUGGUCAGAAUACAGAAACACAUCUAUAAAUAUAGGCACUGUCAGGCAGAUAUUGACUGGGAUGUUAAUUUCAUUCUGGAAGGCCGUCGGAUUGGUUUUGGACCCAAAGGACCCAAAGAAUUAGCAUCUGAACAGCUGAUUGAGAAGUCAGCAGAAGGAGUCUAUCACAGAGUGUAUGCGAUCAUGAAGGACAGCCUGGCGCACCCAGACGUAGCCGAUGUACAUGGCUACACAGCUCUUGCUGCUGCUGCUUUGAAUUACCAUGAUGACAUCAUCAAUCUUCUUCUCGAUAAUGGGGCUGAUGUGAAUAAAUGCAGUGAUGAAGGAUUAUCAGCUCUAUCUAUGUGCGUUGUUCGUUAUUUCCCCACAGAAUCAUUUCAACCCAAUAUUGCUGAAAGGAAUUUUUCUAGAAGAGAGGAACCAGAACAAACAGGUUCAGGGGCACAGUCAGAGGCUUUUCAACUUUCUACGGACUCUGCAGAACAUGGGGUGUUCUCGAGUUCUGCCCGUGAAUCCACUAGAGGAGUCUCUGCCGACAAGACAGAAUCUGGUGCAGAGUCCGCGGCUAAGUCAUCAGAAGAUAGGGAGUCUCAAGCUGGAGAAAAGAGGACCACAAGCAGCACUGAGACCCAUUAUGGUGUUUACAACUUUAAGAUGAGUGUUUCUGCAGACAUGUUGCAGCGCGGUGCAGCUGUUCUCAGCCAACAGAUGUUGAACAUACCCUACACCCCUGAUGUUGGGGAAAUACAGCAUGAAGGCACACUGAGAAGGAUGGCGAGAUCCAUAACAGAGCACAAAAGAAGACUGGCUACCAUCAAACUGCUCCUAAAGAGAGGUGCAGAUCCCAAUAUAAGCUGCAUGCCUAUGCAUGUCCUUUUCUUUGCUGUGAAAUCUGCAGAUGUAAAAGUAGUGAAGCUACUUUUAGAAGCUGGAGCAAGGACAGAUACAAGACUUCCAACCAGACUUCGUGGUGUAGCUCCUCUUCAUAUUGCUGCUGCCCUACUUGAUGAAGAAGGGGUUAAAAUAACAGAAUUGCUUCUUCAUUCGGUAGCAGACCCUGAUGUUAGGGCAGAAGAUGCAGCGGACAUAUAUAUACAAGACCAGGCUGACCUCAAUAAGGAUGAGCCUCUUGUAGCGUCAUCAAUGAUGAAACUAUAUAAUGAAAGUGGACCACCCAAAGGCUAUUACACUGAAUGUCCCACUAUCCCAGAGGAAGGUGGGAGGACACCCCUUCAUAUUGCCUGCGAGAGGGACGACAGUCACAAGAACGCAAGUGAUGUUGUUCGUCUUCUUUUAAAUCACAGUGCAAAUCCAAAUUUCCUCUGGAGUGGCCAUUCCCCUCUUUCGCUGGCCAUUGCUAAUGGAAAUGAUCUGGCGGUGGCUGAGCUUUUGGCUGCGGGAGCCGACCCAAAUCUCCCAUUAGGCCAAGCUGUUGGAAGUGCCCUGUGUGCUGUUGUUAACCCUGCAUACGACCGGAACAGGACAUUGCAAAAUAAGAUGGCUUUGAUUAAUAUGUUAAUAGCUGGAGGUGCGGACAUGCUGAUGCCCAUUACCAUUGGGGAUGGCGCUAAAACUGCAGUGGGAACAGUAGUGGACUACGCAUAUUUCAAGUUCUACCAGGACAAGAAACUGACACGCACUCCAUUCCAUGCUCUGUCACCGCCAGAGCGAGAGCUCUUCAAUAAUCGUAAGAGGUUGCUGGAGUUCCUUAGUGAGCGGCUUCGUGAAUGUGUUGCCGCAAAAGAAAAACAGUGGGAGAGGGAAGAACUUCGAAGACUCAAACUUGCGGCAAAAAAGAAAGUAGGAUCGGGAGGAGCGCUGCAAGAAACUGAUGCAGCAUGUUCUUUCUUUAAAUAUUGCAAUCAAUGUGGGCGAUCUGUAGGGGUGAACCUCACACCUUGCACACGCUGUUAUGAGUGCUAUACCUGCAGCAAGUCUUGCAAAGUGAAAUCGUGGAAUGAGCGUCAUAAACGAGAGUGUAUUCUAUCAGAUGAUUCGUCUGAGUGUGAGUCUGAACCAGAAUCAGAAUUGGAGGAAGUGAUUGAGCAUACAGAAGCAAGGCGAAAGGUCCGGUCAAAAUUCAAAACUGCCGUUGAAAAGUUAAAACUGGGAAAAGAAGUCAAAGGUGGACGAGAUAAACAUCAACAAGAUAAAUUGAAAAAGAAAACAAAAGAAGACAAGCUAAUUAAUGUUACUGGGGAAACCAGUGACCAGGCGGAUCUCCCUUACACUGGGAACUAUAGUUACAAUUAA